GGAACUUCUAUCUCCAUUGUGGAUCACUGAUCUUCAUACGGUGCUAGAUCUGUGAGAUGUUUGUCAUGCUGCUCUCCUGCUUUGUCCUGGUCUUGCUUGUGACCAAUCCAGGUUUAACAGCACCUACAUUUAUGCCAGAGGAAAUGAGCACUCCUUCACCAGAAGCACAGUUGGACUUGAAGCUGGCCACAGACUACCUCCAUCAGUUCUACAAACUCCAAAAAGAUAAUUUUUUGCGCAUAAAGAGAAGUGAGCCCUCCUUUAUUUCCAAAGUCAAAGAAAUGCAAAUGUUUCUUGGGCUCAAUUCGACUGGGGUGUUAGACUUGGAGACCCUUGAGGUGAUGCAGAGCCCCCGGUGUGGCGUUCCAGAUGUGGAGGAGUACAGUCAUAUCCAGGGGGCACGCUGGAACAAGAACGUCAUCACAUACAGUAUCGGAAGAUACACCAGAGAUUUGCGACGCAGCACCGUGGAAUCUCUGAUAGAGUCAGCUUUCGGUGUUUGGGCCAGAGCCAGCGGUCUGAAGUUUAUCAGGACACACACACGCAAUGCUGACAUCAUGGUGGAGUUUGUGGUCAAAGCACAUGGAGACUUUUAUCCCUUUGACGGCCCCAGAGGCACACUGGCUCAUGCCUUUGGCCCAGGGAUGGGAGCUGGAGGCGACACACACUUUGAUGAUGAUGAGCACUGGACAGCUGGAGGAACAGGUUUUAAUCUGCUUUUGGUGGCAGCUCAUGAAUUUGGCCAUGCUUUAGGGCUUAGACACUCCAGAAAUCCUGAAUCACUCAUGUAUCCAACCUACAAAUCUGUUCGCCCAACAAACUUGCUGUCCAGAGAAGAUGUAGCCAAUAUCAAAGCCCUUUAUAGUCCUCCCAGGAAUCAUAGAAACUGGCUGUUCAGGCCACUGUUCCCAAGACUCAUGCAGGACAAAUGUUCACAAGACCUGACUUUUGAUGCUGUGACAACCCUUGGAGAUGCUACCUUCUUUUUCAGAGACAGAUAUCUUUGGAUUAAACAUAAUGAGCAGUCUGACAUAAAAGAAGGUCCCAUUAGCAACUUCAUGCCCACGAUUGAAACCAGUAUCGAUGCUGCCUUCUGGAUACCUCGCAGAUCGACUGCCUACCUAAUUUCUGAAUCCAUGUUCUGGAGAGUAAAAGGUUCUAUUGUGAGAGGAAAGCCAAGAUCACUUUCCUUCUUUGGAUUUCCAUCUUGGGUUCAAGAAGUUGAUGCAACUGUGCACGUUGCUAAAACAGGACGUACCCUCUUCUUUAUGCAUGACAUUUACUGGAGUUUCAAUGAAAACAGAAAGGUGAUGGAUUUUGGCUUCCCAAGGUCUAUCAUCAAUGACUUCCCUGGAGUCAACUCAACAAUAAAUGCAGCUUUCUACAAGGGUGAUUUCCUCUACUUUUUUGUUGGACCACAAGUCUACAAAUUUGACUACAGCCACAAAAUUGUUGUAGGAGUGGAAACAGCUAAUUCUUGGCUUGGCUGUUGAUGAAAAUUUGCUUAAAUACAUGCAAACACUGCAAAAACUGA